CAGGGCGUCACCAGCCUCAAAGAGGCGUCGGGGCGCGCACUCGUGCCAAGGCUGCCGACUGGCGCGGCAGCGUUGCGAGUUGCCGGCCCCAGGUCGCAUCGACUGGAGCGGUGCAUGCAUGCCGGCCGAGCUGUCCUGCCAUCGAUGCCGAAUCUUGGCCGCUGAUUGCGUCUUUGUGCGGAGCGGCGCGAGCGCCCCCGACCGGCAGGAGCAAAAGGCGAGAAAGACGAGAAGGUCAAAAACAGCAUGCGAGGAGAACGCUGCUCGCCAAAGUCAGACGCAAGAGACAGGUGACGAGAGAACUACCGAGACGGACACGUUCCAUCAGGAUGCGAUCCUUCAGCCGCGCGAGAUCUUAGAUGGUGACGACAGGUCUUCGGAGCCUGUUCGAGACUCAACCGCAUGGCUCGAGAGAACGCGCUCCUCGUUUCGCUCCUAUUCAUACCUCGCGCUCGUCAUGCGACGACUCCAUGUCCCGCGCGAAGAGAGAACGCACAGUUCCCUGUCCCUAGGCUCCAUUCUUGCAGGCGCCAACAUAGACUGGGCAACAUGCGGAGAGGUGCUCAAUGAGGUGAAGCUUUCUCGUCGCAUUAGAGAUGCAGGGAAGAUGAGCGAAUCCUGACAAAGUCAUUCUCGCAGAUGCGUGUCCUCGAACCAUAUCUUCCCUCGCUCUCCCAGCUCCGAGCGGGAACAGACGAUGACCUCUUACUGGCCGUCGUUCUUCUGCUCACCUCGUCUCAAAUCGCUGAGUGGAG